GCACUCUCGGAUGAACUAACGCGAAAAAUUAUAAUUGGGACGUAUGGAUUUCUCUCUUCGUGCUCUUUGAGUCCAUUAUAACAUUUGACCGAAUUGACUAAAACUGGUCAGGCUUGCUGAAGUGAACCUAAUGAAAACAUAAGGAAAACGCCCCUUAGGAAAAGCACAAUUGAUCGAAACAAACGAAUACUCGCGCUGCAGUAUGCUCGUCAUAUACUAAAAUGGCAUCCGCGUCUCUGAAGGGCACUCGCAAAACGUACAGCUUCGAAGAGCGAAGGAUUUUGUUGUCGUUGAUAAACAAGCACAAGAUCAUCGAGGACAGAAAACCGGAUCCGCUCUCUAUAUGCAAGCGGAAAUCGGCGUGGUUGCAAAUCACUCAAGAAUACAAUUCCAUGGUCGAACCUCGAAACGCGCGUUCUUCCGUGCAGCUAAGACGUUGCUGGGAGAAUAUGAAAGCCUGCAAGCGCAAUCGCGAGGAGAAGAAAUUUCGUUAUGACAAUGCAAAAGCAACCUGUCAAUCGACAAGAGACGACGAAGAAUCGACGAAAAAUCAAUGGAAAGAUGUAAAUUACGAUCAGAACAUGACGGAAGCACCGACGUCUACUAGAAAUGUAGGAUUGCCACCAAAUGUGAUAUUCGAGCCGAAAAAUUCGGAACCGUUCACUCUGCAAAGCUUCGUCAAACCUUUAAAUCUAACCUGCUCGAAGAAGGAUGCGGACAGUUGCAAAAAUUUAGAUAAUGGCGCGUUUAAACAAGAUGGCGACGAUGCUGAUAAGGUAGAAUGCGACGCCGUUUUGUCACCUGAUGUUUCAGCGAAUGAUUGUUGCAAAACGUUCGCCAAAAAAACCACCAAUUUGCCUGUAAUCGAUCAAUCAGCGAAUAACGUCGAGAAAAACUACACAAAUUUGGAACCAAACGCUUCGGAUGCUUUUAUUUCGCCUUCCGUAAUGCGUUCUGUCGAUCAUAAUCGCAAGAAAAAAGCCACACGAGAGGACGAACUACACCUUCUCGCGCUCUCAGAGGCGCAGAUAAAGGUUGACAUCGCGGCCAUGAUGAAAGAGGAGGCGAGGAUUAUGUUGGAAGAAGCGAGGAUCAAGUUAGAGGAGGCUCAUUAUCGCAAAGAGGAAGCCAGAUUCAAAAUGUUGUUUUUCUGUUCGCAAACGGAGCAGAAUUAAAGAGGAUUUAUGCGCGCAGUUUCUGCGGUAAGCCGAAUAUUGAUUGUCUCGGAAACGUUAGACGAAAUAUAAACUCGACCGAAGAUUCACAAAAGAGGUAAGAUAAAUGAUUUGAACAAAAAAAUAAUUAAACAUUGACACAUUCAAGAAUAGAAUUUAAGAAUAUUUUAAACAAUCUUGUUUUAACGUUUCUUAAAAAUGCAUUAUCUUUCGCUAUUUAUGUUUUCAAUCGCGAUGUUGUAUCGCACAUAUAGAUAACUUUGUAAAAAACACAAACUUGGUCUCUGUAUAAUAUCGAUUUACUCUUCUCGUUACUGC